GUAAAUGCCAAAGCUGAUAUUGAUAGUCAAGAUAAUCGCAAAGUGUCCUGUUUGAUGGCAGCAUUUCGCAAGGGUCAUGUUAAAGUAGUGAAAUGGAUGGUGAAGCAUGUAAAUCAGUUCCCAUCAGAUACAGAGUGUAUGAGGUUCAUUGCCACUAUUUCAGACAAGGAGCUGCUAAAGAAAUGUCACCAGUGUAUGGAGAUUAUUGUCACAGCCAAAGAUAGACAGGCCGCUGAAGCAAACCGAAAUGCAAACAUUCUACUUGAAGAACUGGAAUCGGAGAAGUCAAGAGAAGAAAAUAGGAAGGCUGCAGCUGCUAAAAGAAAGGAAAAGAAGAAGUUAAAAAAGAAAGAGAAGAAAGCAGGGAAACCCACCAAUGACCAAUCACAGGAGCCCGAAGAGGAGGAGGAAGAAGAGGAAGAGAAAACGCCAGCACAAAGUUAGUCAACUUUUAGUUGGCAGACAUUGCCAAUUAGA